AUGCUUUGCGAGCAAGAAUUAGUCGAUAAACUUCAAUCAAUACAAACAUGGAUACCAUCGCUAAACUAUUACGGUGAUCCAAUAGGUGAACGGACAUUUCGGCAAGAACUAUGUCACUUUUUUCAGGAUGCUUUACAUCUUGAUAAUGAUGUACAGCUGACACCCGAUCGAAUGAUAAUAACUGGUGGAGCAGCUGGUGCUUUUAUCGUGUACAGUUAUAUGUUGACUGAUGUUAAUGAUGCUAUACUUGUACCAAGUCCAUAUUAUUCAUAUAUUGAUCAUAAUGUAUCAAUUUUGACUGAAAAUCAAAUCAUUCGAUGUCCUCUACUCAAUCAAAGCACAGGCAAAUUUCGAUUAUCGCGAGAAAUUUUUGAACACGGCUAUAUAGAAGCUCAAUCCAAGGGUCUCAAUCCACGUGCAAUCAUUCUCAUCAAUCCUAGCAAUCCUCUUGGCGAUAUUUAUGAUGAAAUGACAAUACGCCCUAUCUUUCAAUUUGCUGCCGAGAAACGCAUGCAUGUGAUCGUCGAUGAAAUCUAUGCAUUGAGCACAUUUGUUACUGAAUGUUUUCAAUCGAUUCUUAACUAUAAUUCAUCUUUGCCCGAUCCUGAUCGAACACAUUUCCUUUGGUCAUUUAGCAAAGAUUUUUCAUUAAGUGGUGCACGUGUUGGUAUUAUAUAUGCGGGUACAGCAGAAUUGUGUACUAAGGCGUCUAAAAUCAAUUUUGUUCUUGUUCCAUCACGCAAUAUUCAAUAUACAUUUGAACAAUUGAUAGCCAAUCGUGAAUGGAUACAUGCAUAUAUUGCACUCAAUCGACAACGACUUACCCAUCGAUAUAUUCAAGUGAAAUCAACACUUGAAACAAUUGAAGGUGUUAAAAUCCGUCAAUCGCAUGCGGGUUUCUUCAUUUGGGCAGAUCUACGUGAAUUGCUGCCUGACAAGGCAUCAUUUAAUGAUGAAAAACGACUCUUCGAGCAUCUGUUCAAUUGUGCAGGUGUGUUUGUAUUGCGUGGGCAUACAUUAGGUUGUACAGAGCCUGGAUGGUUUCGAUUCAUUUUCUCAGUGAAUGACACAAUAAUGACUGAAGCAUUGAUGCGUAUUGAAAAGGCACUAACACAGACCUAUUGUUCCCAUUUUUCUAUUUAA